UCUUUCAGCAUUGAGAUUUUGGUGUAUUGGACUCAGUCAAUGAGAAGGAAGUUAAAAAGAAGCUGAAAAUUUCCAGAUUUGCUACUGGUUGCUGAUUAUUCGCUGUCACCAUCAUGAUAAUAAAAAAACAUUGCAAUUGUAAAAUGGGAGGUUUUGCAUUGACCACACUGGCAUGGAUAAUUUGCUGCAUCUCUAUGGGCCUACCUGAGUGGCGAAUGUGGUACUUCCAAGACCCAGUUUCCUCUAAGCCUUCCACAGCAUUCGUGGGCAUGUGGAGAGUCUGUGCUUUCAACGAUGAUGACAGAAUCAAAAACAUCAGAAAAUGUCACCAAUUCCACUACCAUGACACCUUCAUUCCUUUAGAUAUCCAAGUGGUCCAGCAACUGCUACUGGUUUCUAGCUUUCUUGGACUAGUAGGAAAAAUUACCACCAUUACUUCCCUUUGGAAUGUAUAUGUCGGAAGAGUAGAGAAAAAUGCUAUCCGCAAUCCAUUUGGUGUCUCAGGGAUGCUGAACAUCACCGCUAGUAGCUUUAUUUGUCUUGCUGUAUUGCUCAAUUUUGUAUCCAUCCUACUCAAGGAGGGAAUAGCAUUCCCAUCAUCUUUCCAUAUGCCUUCCCACCCAGAUGCUCAGGAAAUUGGAAGUGCCGUGGCCUUGGCAAUUAUAGCUGCAAUUUUGUUUUUAUUAAGUGGCACAAUUUUACUUUCUUCAAAUAUUCCCACAGGCAAACCAGCACAUAAUAAAAUUUAAAAGUCAAUGUUUAUCUAACAUAUCAUUCAAAAUCCAAAGUUAUCAUGAGUAAUGGCAAUAUCCUUCAUGUAGAUAAACAUAAAUUUUUAAAGAACUUGAAUCUGUGUUCAAUGUGGCCUGUGACAGAAAAUGGCCAAAUUGGUCUCUUCUUUGUAUUUUCCUUUUGUUUCAUUACUUCAUUACUGGAUAUGACCUUUCAAUGAAUAAAAUCUAAUCCAUUUGGUCUUA